GCCAGUGCCCGCCUUUGCGCUCAAGCCACCUGAGCCCGAGCCGUGGCAAUUGCUGCGGCAAAUUCAGCUGCCUGACAAAAAGGAGGAAGAAAACUACGAGAUUUCAGAGAAGGGAUCGAACUCCGAGGCUGAGGAGGAGCCCGAUCGAAGCCACAAGCGGACUCCCGACUGGAGCCUAAAGUUCCUGGAGCUUCUGGAGACCCAAGCAGACAUCGACGCCGACACCAUUUUCGGUAGCCGAGUGCCCCGCUGUGUCCUGGAGGAGAUUUUCACCGACCGGGACUACUUGAGGUAUGCUGCGGACCGGCCAGCGCGCCGUCGCCGUGGCUCCUCAGGGGAGUGGCGACGGGACCGGCUAAGCAGGGCGGAGAUCUGCAAGUACAAGGAGCAGACCGGGCAGCACCGGAGGUGGCAGCCGCGUGGCUAG